AUGCCCGACAUCGAAGGCGACGAGCGGAUCACUUCGCGACUAGCCCAACUCAAGGAGUCCUUGCAGACCAGGAGAAAUCGAGCCCAAGCCGACGGGCUACCGUACACCCAGGGCAUCUUCUCACGCACAACUGGCGAAAAGUACGGCGAUCACGUCACCCUCGAGGAUCUCAAGCGGGACUUUGCCCAUCUCAAGUUUCUGGUUCAGAAGUUUGUGAGCAAGGUCCCCACCGACGAACGAACCGAUGAGGAGUUGAAGAACAAGGUACCGUCGGUCUGGGCUGAGAUGAAAAAGAUAACAAGGCAUGCACGUGCGUAUUGGAGAACUGAGCCGGGCCCGCUUCGAAAGUGGUUGUUGGAGGCGUUGGUCUGGAGGAGGCUGCAUAAGGUCAUGUUUGAUCGGCAAUAUUCCGAGUACUUCGCUUUCGGACACGGCAAGGAGACGUUGGCCGAGUUUUGGGUGACUUCUAUAGCAGCAGCAAGUGGAAGCUUUGAGGAAGCCACAGCUGAACUCUGUCAGCAGAAGGCUCGUCUGGCGACGUUCCUCAAGGAAAUGUACGAGAAGGAAAGCCCGUCCCGGGUGGCGCGUGCUUGCGAAGUGGUCUUCGUGAAUGGCAUCCUUGAUUUCUUUAGGAAAAGAUAUAUCGAAUACGAGGAGGAUGAGAGAUAUUUCUUUGAAGAGAGGGCGGAGCGGGAGCGAGAAUUGCAGGAUCUGGCUGUGCAGAUCAUCACCCACGCCGGCGACUUCCAGUCGAGGAUGUUGCGCUCAAAGGGGAACUGGGCGCUUAUAUAUCGGGAUCCUCGGGAUGAGGAGAAAACGUACAAUUAUCCUUUCGCGCCCGACAAGAUGCACCUGAGAGUCCUUGAGGAUGAGUAUGUCGCAAGCGAGGACCCGACUGGGCAUCUGGGAGAUAUUCAACCGGAUGAGGAGGGUAAAUUUGUUCGUCUUGCCAUCACUCCGGGACUGUGGGAUUUUGCUGAGUGGGCGGAGACGGACCCCUAUUAUUCGGUCCCGCAUAAGAUCAUGUCAAAAGUCAGCAUGGCUCUCCCGUCAGUGGUAACUCGACCUUCCUUGUGCCGACCUUCCAACCUCCGGAAGAGUUGGGACCGGGGCGCUCGCUCUCUUCGCGCAUAUGGUGGUGCCCAGUUUACCUCCGGCCAGCAGUUCUCGAUCGGCACUUCUCAGCAACGUGGGCGAGCAACACGCAGUCCAGCACAAUUCUCCCGACAUGCCACUCAACUAUUCAUCUCCCACGCCCCCGAACGAGUCGCGCGAUCACUCACCCAAUGGCACCCGCCCACAAACCAAGACAUGUGGGAGCAACCCAUCCUGAUAAUGGGUGCCGGCCAUAUCGGCCGCCGGGUAGCUUUAGUCUGGGCGUCCGCGCUCCGUCCAGUAACGGUCUACGACAUCUCCAAAGACGCGCUCCGCUCCUGCACCGAGUACAUCACCGACAACCUAGCCAAGUACUGCCUCAGUCACGGGACCCAUCCCGGCCCCGUCCACUUCACUACCGACAUUCGCGAGGCGACCACAGCCGGCAAGCGCGACGGCCUGAAGUUGGAUUUCAGCGCGGCGCACAACACCGGGCCCUCCGCCUCCUCCAAGGUGAAGAAAAAGGGACCGUGGAUGGUGAUCGAAUGUCUCCCAGAGAACCUCUCCCUCAAGAUCUCUGCCCUGGCCGAGAUCGAGCGCUUGCUGCCGGAAAACUGCAUCAUCGCGUCCAACAGCAGCAGCCUGAUGACUUCCGAGAUGGCACCCCACCUGCAACACCCGGGUCGCCUGCUUAACACGUACUACUACAUCCCGCCGCGUAACAUUUAUGUGGAAGUGAUGUCCUCCUCGCACACGUACGAAGGCAUCUUCCCGUUUCUGACGCAGGAAAUGAAAAACAUGGGACUGAGUCCCAUGGUGGUUCCCCCCGGGGUCCAGUCACAGGGGUUCAUAUUCAAUCGCAUCUGGGCGGCGUGCAAGCGCGAGACGCUGGCGGUGCUGCAGGAGGGAGUUGGGCAGCCGGCGGAGAUCGAUGCCCUGUUUCGCGACUUUUUUCAUGCCGAGAAGGGGCCUUGUGAGCGCAUGGAUGAGGUUGGACUGGAUAUUGUGGCUAACGUCGAGGAACACUAUAUCGAGAAACGGCCCGAGAUUGCAAAGUCUGGAGAGAAACCGCUGGAGUGGUUGAAGAAGACGUACGUUGAUCGUGGUGAAUUGGGCGAGAAGAGUGGUGAUGGCUUGUACACGUUGGAGGAAAGAGAAGCGCUCAAGGCGAAACAUAAGCUGGAGAAGUAUCCUGACGUGGAGGAGGCACUUGGUGCUUGA